AUGGUUCAGGACAUUCGCUUGCUCGCAUGCUUUCUGACGAUCGCCUCGGCCAGAGGCAUCGUCAGUCCGGAUAAACUGGGGUCGGAUGUCUCGAUAAUCAUCAACAACGACUUACAUGAGUCGGAAAGUCCGCACAGUGACUCAGGGGUUCUACUUCUCGAUCCGAUGAGUUUCAAUGAUGCAGAGAGGAGCUGUGCAGCACUGGGCGAAUCUCUCUGGGCAAGUACUGGAUCGAUUGAGGAUAUCAAGACCAAUCUGGACUACAUUGCAUAUAAAGGUCGAUAUUCUCGUAAUCAGCGAUACUGGAUCUCCCCAGACAGUCAUAAGACACCACGCGCGAUCGAUAGUCGGGGCUCCAUCACCCGAGCAGCAGCAAAGAAGAAACUACCGGUGUUAUGCACGCAGACGGCGCCAUAUUCCAACGAGACCUAUCAAGACAAAAGUCAGCAGCUUCAAAUAACAGUGUCCUCCAACAAUGAACGCAUUACGGGGUUCCGAGAUCGCCUGAGCUUCCGGUUUCAAGGCGUUCGAUAUGCUGAACAGCCUGAACGAUGGACAUACUCUGAGCUGUACACAGGGUCAGGUGGAGAUGUGCCUGCCCUGGAUUAUGGAAGUAUCUGUGUACAGAGCCCGACAGCCGGUAAUGAGGACUGCCUCUUCCUCAACAUCUGGACCCCAUACCUACCUCACGGCCGGAAGAACAAGAACACCCUGAAACCAGUCAUGCUCUGGAUCCACGGCGGUGCCUUCACUGGUGGAGAGAGCUCUGAUCCGACGUUUGACGGCGGCAAUCUUGCAUCCCGUGGCGACGUCGUCGUCGUCGCAAUCAACUACCGUCUGGGCACGUUAGGAUUCCUGGCGUUGGACGACGGCAAGACGAAUGGCAACUUUGGACUGGCCGACCAGAUCACAGCCCUGGACUGGGUCCGCAAGAACAUCCACGACUUCGGAGGCGAUCCAGAUAGAAUCACCAUUUUCGGCCAGUCAGCCGGCGCAGGGUCCGUCCGAGCCCUGUUAGCAUCCCCCAGAGCCAGGGGGAAAUUCGCCGGCGCAAUCAUGCAGAGUAACCUCGGAGGACUGUACUACGGCACCACAUACUCCAAGUACUACACCAUCGCGGAAGAAAUGGACGUCGUCGGCAACGCGAUCCUCGAAACCACCAACUGCACCCAUGCUGUCUCGCAAGUCGACUGUCUACGCAAGCUCCCCGCCGCAACCAUCGCCGGCCUACCCAGCACCGCGCGCUUCCUCGUCGUCGACGGCGAGUACCUCACAACCCCCGAGCUGGACCUGACGAACCGCGAAGCCACCGCCAACGUGCCCCUCAUGAUGGGACUGAUGCGCGACGACGGCGCCGCCAUGAUCGGAUACCCGCGCGACAACGAGAGCGCAGCCACCUACCUCAACGGCUCCGGCAUCCCACCAUCCCUCGUGCUCUCUUCAGGGCUAUUCCCCGUCCCCAACGGCCCAAACGCCACCCUCAACCUCUUCAACGCGACCUCGCGCGUCGCCACAGACGGCAUCUUCCGCUGCAUCGACCAGGCCACCGCCUACGCCGGCGCCAUCAACCACAUCUUCCCGGACGUGUACUUUUACGAGUUCAAUCGCUCGUACCAGAUGGCCGGGUACUCGCCCAACCCGCCGCUGUGCGAGGCACCCCGGACGGCGGAGUUUCCGGCGGGCGAUCCCAGCAAGGAAUACUUCAAGUGUCAUUCCGGAGAGCUAUUUUACGUGUUUGGGACGCUGCGACGUCAGGGACUUGCUCUUCGGGACGAAGGGGAUCUGCCGUUCUCGCAGUUUGUGCUGGACUCGUGGGCGAGCUUUGCCAGGACCGGGGAUCCGACGCCUGAUGAACGGUUGCUGGCGGUUAGGGGGUAUAGGAAUACCGAUGCGGAGAUUAGGAAGUCAGGGGCUUGGAGGGCAUUUGGAGGGGGAGAAUAUACGGUGAAGAGGCUGCAGUGGCCUGGGGCUAUGGUGCCGCUGGAGGAGCUGACGCAGUGCGAGGCGCUUGGAUUGCCGUUGGACUAUUAUCUCAAGUAG